AUGGCAUUAGAUUUGAAUCAACUACCAGCCUUGCCAGCAAAAACUACAUUCGUUUUACACCUCAUAUUAAUUACUUGGAGUGUUCAAGGAAGAUGGAGUCCAGACUCAUAUCUUUUUUACAAUGUAAUCUUCAUGGGCUGCGUUUUGUGGGCAAUGCAUCAAACAGAAAAUGAAAAACCAGCGCAGCUAGCUAUUUCUGUAAACCUUGCAACAGUAUGUUUAGAUAUUGUCACUAUUUAUUGUUAUUUUCCCUCCUCAUUUUGGUUGUCGGAAAUAUUCAGUGUUAUUUGUGCCAUGGCAAAUUUGGUGCUACGUUUUGUAACACUGUCAGUUCUCAGUCGAAUGUGUAUAGACAGCAGUAAUGGGGUAUCUGAUGGCAUACCACCUCCUCUACAAAAUUAUAUAAGUAGAGGAACUGCUAACCCACAAUCAUAUGAAGAUAUUGAUCAGACCCCACCACAGCAACAAGCUCCAAGCAAUGCCCCUUUUUUUACACCAUACCGUUAA